AUGGAAGACAAAUCGAAUUCGUUCUCCAGCAGCAAGGAGGACAAGGCGGAUGGGAAUAAUGUAUUUCAGAGGCAAGACUCGAUACAGAAAAAUAACACGGGGAGCCAGAACAUGAAGGACCACGGCAACUCAGUGGGUUUCAAGGGGGAGCGGGAAGAGGCCAUGGUCGGUUUUGACGAUCUGGAGGCGGCGUCCAGGCAACAUGGUUUUAUGCAGAGGCAGUUUGGGGCCAUGAUGCAGCCCGGAGUCAAUAAGUUCUCCUUGCGUAUGUUCGGCAGUCAGAAAGCCGUGGAGAAAGAGCAAGAGAGGGUUCAAACGGCCGGAUACUGGAUCAUUCAUCCAUAUAGCGAUUUUAGGUUCUACUGGGACUUGAUAAUGCUCAUCAUGAUGAUGGGGAAUCUAAUCAUCAUUCCUGUGGGAAUAACCUUCUUCUCAGAGCAGACUACCACCACCUGGCUGGUCUUCAAUGUGGCCUCGGACACCAUCUUCCUGGUGGAUCUGGUCAUGAACUUCAGGACGGGCAUCGUCAACGAGGAGAGCUCAGAAAUCAUCCUCGACCCCAAGGUCAUCAAGAUGAAUUACCUGAAGAGCUGGUUCGUAGUGGACUUCCUCUCCUCCAUUCCAGUGGAUUAUAUCUUUUUAAUAGUAGAGAAAGGCUUUGACUCGGAGGUAUAUAAAACAGCCCGUGCCCUGCGAAUCGUCCGCUUCACCAAGAUCCUCAGUCUUCUGCGUCUGUUGAGACUGUCCCGACUCAUAAGAUACAUACAUCAGUGGGAGGAGAUUUUCCAUAUGACCUAUGACCUGGCCAGUGCAGUGGUAAGAAUAUUUAAUUUGAUUGGGAUGAUGCUGCUUCUGUGUCACUGGGAUGGCUGUCUGCAGUAUCUGGUGCCUCUCCUCCAAGACUUCCCCCCUGACUGCUGGGUGUCCCUAAACGGUAUGGUUAAUGUUUCCUGGGGUAAGCAGUACUCUUAUGCCCUCUUCAAAGCCAUGAGCCACAUGCUGUGCAUCGGGUAUGGUGCCCGGGCACCCGUCAGCAUGUCUGACUUGUGGAUCACCAUGCUGAGUAUGAUUGUAGGCGCCACGUGCUACGCCAUGUUUGUGGGCCACGCUACAGCUCUAAUCCAAUCACUGGACUCUUCACGCAGGCAAUACCAAGAAAAGUACAAGCAAGUGGAACAAUACAUGUCCUUCCACAAGCUUCCAGCAGACAUGCGGCAGAAAAUCCAUGACUACUAUGAACAUCGCUAUCAAGGCAAAAUCUUUGAUGAGGACAACAUCCUAAGUGAACUCAACGACCCACUCAAAGAGGAAAUUGUCAACUUCAACUGCCGUAAGCUUGUGGCCACCAUGCCACUGUUUGCCAACGCGGACCCCAACUUCGUGACGGGGAUGCUGAGCAAGUUGAAGUUUGAGGUCUUUCAACCCAACGACUACAUUAUCCGAGAAGGCACCGUUGGGAAGAAGAUGUACUUCAUUCAACAUGGUGUUGCAAGUGUCAUCACCAAGUUCAACAAGGAGAUGAAGCUGACCGAUGGAUCGUACUUUGGAGAGAUCUGUCUGCUCACCAAGGGCAGGCGAACUGCGAGUGUGCGUGCAGACACCUACUGUCGACUCUUCUCUCUCUCUGUUGACCAUUUCAAUGAGGUGCUAGAAGAGUACCCCAUGAUGCGACGUGCUUUCGAAACUGUUGCCAUUGACCGAUUGGACCGCAUUGGGAAGAAGAACUCCUUGCUGCUGCAGAAGUUCCAGAAGGAUCUGAACGCCGGUGUUUUCAACACACAGGAGAACGAGAUAUUGAAGCAGAUUAUCCGUCAGGACAGGGAGAUGGUGAUGAUGGUGGACCGCAAACAGUCAGUCACCGGGAUGAACUCAACACCAAUGUCAGGAAACUCCAUCAUUAACUCACCAGCCCAACCGCCCUUCCCAACUGCCUUCGGCACAAGUCAGCUUCAGCAGUCUUCUGUACCUAUGACCUAUAGUGCUUCAGCUAUUGCCAAUGCUUCUGCUGCCCGCAUGCUACCAGCAGCUGCCGCUGCUGCUGCAGCGCAGGGGGUUUACCCUGCUCCCAGUCUUUCCCAUGGCAACCUGAAUUCAUCCUUAACUAACCCACAGACCCCACUCCAGCAGCAAGGAGCGAUCAUGUCGCCCUGCUCCUUCACGGCUGCCAUGUGUAGUCCCCCCGUGCAGACCCCUCUGGCUAGCCGGAGCUUCCAGUAUGGCUCACGCACAGCCUCCCAGCUGUCACUUAUCCAGCAGCCCAUUGCCCAACCAUCUCUAUCCACACAGCAACAGCUUGCCCAGCAGCCUGCUGUGUCAAGUGCAGCCGCAGCCUCUGCAACGCAGCAGCAGCAGCAGCAGCAGCAGCAGCAGCAGCAGCAGCCGUCACCACAGCAGCAGCAGGUCCCUUCACCUCAGCGGGGAGAAAUCCACAAGAGCACACAGGCUCUUCAGUCAGGCAGCUUGAGUCGAGAUGUUAGACACUUAUCGGCCUCCCAACCAUCACUGCCACAUGACACAUCUCUGGGGCCCAGAGUACACCCAGCCUCAGGAGACUCUUUGGCCUCCAUUGUGCCACCAACGGCGGCAGCGAUCCAGGGGAUGAAUCUGCAGAGUGGCAUCCGCACCACAGUGCCCCAGAGGGUCAAUUUAUUCCGCCAGAUGUCGUCAGGAGCAUUGCCCCCUGUGCGCUCAGCCGCAGCAGCAGCGGCGGCUGCGGCAGUGGCGGCAGCAGCAUCAUCAUCAACCCAGCACAGGGAAUCCCCCGGAUCUAGAAGAGAUUCUGUCCUGAGCAGUACAGAGACUGAGCAAGACAAAAUGCGUUUUGCAUCAAAUUUAUGAUCCCAUUUUUCCCUUCUCAUUUUUUAAACUUCCAUAUAUUUCAAUUCAUAUUUAAAAAUGGAGAUACAACAAAAGAGAUAAAAGUGAGGACCUUCAGCAUUUUUGUUUCUCUCCAAUUUUAUUCUAAAAUAACCUCAUAGAAAUCCUGUACAUAAAAGCCCUUGUAUUAUAUUUUAGACAGAUUGUCUCCCUAAACUUAAGAAUGUAUAUUACACAGAUACAUCUCUCUUUUCUUUUACGCUAUCUCUAUAUAUAAAUAUAUAUGUAUACACACACACACACACACACACACACACACACAUACACAAAACC